GUCACAAUGGCUCCAGGGCGGUUCAGCUGGUCGAGAGCUGCCCAGCUGAACCAAGGGGAUUUGGGGAAUGUUUAUCUGCGUUAAAUAUGGAGGUAAGGGGGAACCCAGUAGACAUGGGUUGUAGGAACAGAGGAAGCUGCCUUAUACUGAGCCAGGCCAUUGGUCCAUCUAGCUCAGUACUGACCACACUAACUGGCAGCAGCUGUCCUGGGUGCUAGUCAGAGAUCUCUCCUAGCCUCACCUGGAUACAAAACACUGGGGGUUGGGGGAGACUUUCCCAUGGAAAGCAGACCAGUGUCUCUUCUAGCCAGUGAUUUUUUUUCUGGGGGGAUAGGGUGGGGGAACUCACCACAAUGUCUGUUUGUUUGUUUAUUGUGGGCCCAGUCACAGUGCCUCCGCCCAGGCAGACAAUGAUCUGGAUUAGAAACGGCCACAACUUUAUUGAUUAGAGAUAUAGGUGGAUUUUUGGCUCAGGCAUUGGGUGUAUGUCUGUUCCAGCCCUCUCUGCCAGAAAAAAAAUAUAUAUAUUUAAUUUUUAAAAGGUAAGGGAACUCAGUCCACACCCCACUCCCAGGCUCUUGCUAUAUAUAUAUAAAAACCCCUGCCUGUUGUGGUGCAUGGGCUCAGCUGCUGCCCAUAGAAACCAUCCUUGGCUCCUCUUCUUGCAGACCAACGACAACUCCUGGCGAACAUUAACUGCUCAGUCUUACUCCUAAUGCAUUACCUGCGCGACAAGGUGGGACUGCACAGGACAGGUGAGAUGAGUUCCCAAAGCACAAAGAAAGUGGACGGCAAACCCUGCCCAGUUGAUGGUCAGGAGGCAACAAAGACUGCUUCCCUUUGGUUGACUGUACUACGGAUCCUGCAACAGGUAGUGCCGGGUUGGGGGGGGAAUGACAUGCCAUCUUAUCUCCAGGUGGAAAAUAUCCUGUGUCCACACUGCUUGUGACUUCUAUGUACCAGAAGUACAAACUCAAAGGAAGACCCUUGGGCUCUGUUGACUAAGGACUAAAAACUGGCCACCCAUGAAGGUCCUUAACCCAUCCUUAAUAAAUGUACUUUGGAACUCCCAUUUUCUUUUCAGCUCCUGUGGCUCCUCUUUCCUGUUUCAACAAGUGGAGAUUUUUUAAUCCUAUUUUUCAUCUGCAUUGCACCUGGGAUUAUUUUGGAUAUAUAAAUUGUUUUAAUUGUUUUUAGAUAUGAAAUCCACUAUAUAUUUUGGAAGGUUGUUUGUUCGCUACGCAACUGGAUGCCUUUUAAGACAUCAUAACUAAAUUUUGCAUGAUGGUUCCGGAGUUCAAGCAGGUUUUCAUCUAUUUUUGGAUAAAACUGGACACCAUUUUUGAAUGCAGGGCCUUUGAGGGGAUGGCUCCCCAUCUCUGACGUAUUUUCUCCAGGGAGGCUUGCAUAGUGCUGAGUUGAAUGUCUUUUGAUGUCAGCGUGUAGAGGCUGGUCCGCUAGGGCCCCACCCACCAUCUUCUUACUUACAAGUAGUCCAGGUGUCUGCCUGCCAGCUCUCUCCUCCUUAGUCAUAGUCUGUGUACCUACCAUGCUUUUAAACUGCAUGGCUUCCCCCAAAGAAUCCUGGGAACCUUAGUUUAUCCCCUCACAGAGCUAUAAUUCCCAGAACCCUUAAUAAAAUGCAGUUCCCAUGAUUAUUUUUUGGAGAGGAAGACAUGUGGGUGAAAUUUCCGAAAAGCAGUGCUUUGUCCUGGAUCUUAGGCAAGUCAAUCAAAAAAAUGCAACCCUACCAUAUGUUUAGUGGCCAGGGCUCCCCCCUUAAAGAAUUCUGGGAACUGUAGUUUGUUCAGGGUGUUGAGAAUUGUUGGGACCCCACAGGGCUGUAAUUCUCAAGAGUUCUCUGGGAAUAAAGAUUGUUAAAGUCUUUUUUAAAAGAAGAAGAAGAAGAAGAAAAUUCUAUUACAUAUUUUUCAUAAUUCAAUAAGAUAAAAGAAACUAAUCUAAAUAAAAACAAAAACAGAGAAACAAAGAAGGGAAAUACCAAAAAGAAACCCAAAUAGAAUAAUAGAAAAGAAAAUAAUAAAAUAAAAAUAAAAAUUUGCUGUCAGCAAGAAAUUACUCAAAAUAUUCAUUCUAGAAUGGCACCAAACUGAUAAAAGGCAAUAUUUUCUGAAUAUUGACCCAAAUAGAUUAAUUCAUUUUCCUUUGUACACAAAAAGUCCAAAAGGGCUUCUAUUAUUAUUAUUAUUAUUAUUAUUAUUAUUAUUAUUAUUAUUAAAUAUCAGCAAUAGUCUUUCUGUAUCAAACAUAUUGAUUGUUAAAUUAUGUGGGAACUGUAGUUCUGUGAGGGAAAUAGAGACUUCCUAACAACUCUCAGAACCCUUAACAAACUGCAGUUCCCAGGAUCCUUUAGGUCGGGGAAGCCAUUACUGUUUUCUGUGCUUUUGAGCCCUACCAGUCCUAAGGGACACUAGUCAGCAUCAAUCCAGUUGCAACCCUUUUCUACCUGCCUGAACCUUUCAGGACUUGGGCCACUUCUGCAUUUCCACUAAAGACUUAUACUCUGUUUUGCAUUGAGCCACAUUCUGAAUAAAUUUGACUAUUUGAAGUAUGUUGCUUUCAUUGUUAUUGUCUUUAAAUGUUUGUAGAUCAGGCCCUAGGGGAAAGCUGGCAAUUAAAUAACCACAAUUACUUUUUUCAAGAGUGUAAAAUGCAAGACUGAGAACAGGCAACUCCUGGCGUAGUUGUGUUCUGUGGGGGCUGACCCACAACCAUUGACCAACAGAGGAGAGUGUCGUGGACUUGUUGGAGACAGAAGAAUGGUGGGAGGAACCAGUUGGGGAACCCCCAAGGGAACAGGGCUCAGAGCCUGGGGAGUGGUGGUGGGAUGACAAUGAGUAGUCACAGGGAGAAGAAAGAGGGGCGAGACUGGGUAGAGGAAUUGUCAGAAGCUGAAGAGGAAAGAGGGUUUAGUGAGCAGGGAGAGUCUGCUUCUGAGAAAAUCAGAAGCAGAGGCUGAAGACGAGAGAGGCCAUGAGGCAGAGAUAAAUCAGGCUUUUGAAGAGUCACAGAUGUCCCCCUACCUGCUGCAACAAGCCCCCAUCUCCUCCUGUCUCCUAGCCCCAGAAGAGGGCUGAAAUGGGCAGAACAGCAGCAGGCUCCACACAGGUGUAGUCUCUAAUUGUUUGGGGAAAGCCCUGGUGAGGAAGGGACUUAGAUGGCUGUGGGGAGGUAGGGACUUUCAGUCUCAGCAACUGAUUUUUAUGGGGUAAGACCUACCAGGGAUGAGCUGCUGUGCUCCUUAGGCCUGACAGCCAAGUCUGUGAUGGUCGUGUUUUUGCUAAUAAAGAGUUAAGACCAACUUUGAAUGCUGUGAAUGCUCCUUGACAAAGAGGCAAAGUUCCUGCUUACACAGAGGAAAGGAGGUGAACCCACCCACUCCACUGCCCCCCAUAUCUCUCUGUUCCCUUUUCAGAUCCCAUCGACUUGUGUGAAGAGAAUGGGACCCUGAAGCUGCUAUUCCUAGUCAAGUUUCCAGAAGACAAUGCCAGCAAGUUCCUCACUCCCCGUGUGACCUACUACAUAUGUAAGGUGGAGCGGGGUGCCCCAGGUACGUCCAAGGACUAGGAAGCCCCCCUUCCCCCACCUGCACAGCUAGUUCUACAGGUGGUAGCCACAGCUUCCUGAAAGUCAUUGCUUCCUUGGCUCCAAAUAUUCCCUUUCUCAAAGGCGUGGGGUCAGACGUACGCAGGCUUCCCACUGGUAGCACAGCUGGCAGAGCUGUUUCAAAGCAAACCCAGGGAGCUGCCUCUUAAAUUGCUGUUGCUCUUUCUUGACCCAUGCAGUCAUAAGGUCUAGAAACUUAAAAAUGAAACCUGACAUUUCCUCUUUGGAUUUUGCUAUGUUUUCUUGUGUUGUGCUAACUCAUCCUUCUCCAGCAUAAGGAAGUGGCAAGGCAUCUGCUCAGCAUGCAGAAGGUCCCAGGUUCAAUCCCCAGCAUCUACAGGCAGGGCUGGAAACGCCCCCCCCCCCCAGCCUGAAACCCACCAAACUUCUGAGGAGGAGCUGUGACUCAGUGGCAGUGCAUCUCCUUUACAUGCAGAAGGUCCCAGGUUCAUCUCUAGGUAGGGAAUAUAGGCAGCCCCAAACCCUGGAGAACCUCUACCAGUCAAUUUAGACAAUACUGAACUUUAUGGACCAAUGGAUCUGAGUAUAAAGGCAAUUUCUUCAGAUAUCUUCAGAUAUUUCAGACUGCAAAUCCCAUCAGUCUCAGUCAGCAUGGGCUGUAAUCCCCAACAUCUCGGAGGACCCCAGGUUAGGGAGGUUUUAUUAGCACCUUGACUGUGCCUGCUGAUCUGCUGACAAUUCAGCUUCAUUUUCUCGCUGGCUGUGUUUAUUAUUAUUAUUAUUAUUAUUUAUUAUUAUUAUUAAUUGGGUCAUUUGCCACAGUAUAUUUUUGAUUUUAUGGGUUGUUUUGUGUAGCACGCAAUGGGGAAUUUUAAGGUAUGUGUGUGAGUCCCUUAGCUGGUAUAUGCAAAAGAGCAAUUGCCAUUUAUUGCGUUUCAUUCAAGGUGCCACUUACCCACCUCUGAUCAGAAAGCUACUUCUUGACUUGUGCAAUAUAUUAUAUUGAGCUAUACUGUUAGUAUUAUCUGCUCUGACCAGCAGUGGCAUUCCAAGGUCAACAGCAAAGCUUUCCCCAUGACCCUUUACCUGCCAUUUAACUAGCAAUACCAGGAACUGAACUCGGGACCCCAGGGGACUCUGUCAUUCUUUGCAUGCAGAAGGUCCCAGGUUCAAACCCCAAUAGCAACUUCAGGGCUGAGAGAGACGACCUGUCCGAAACCCUGGAGAGCUGCUGCCAGUCAGAGUAGACAAUCCUGAGCUAGAUGGACCAAUCUGGUAUGAUGCAGCUUCCUUUGUCCUGCAUGCUUGGCAGGUGCUCUUAUACAGAACUAGGGGAUCUCCCCACCCCCACCCCAUGAACUCUUGCCGGGUACUCCAUACCUGUUGUACCUGGUGCCUUCCAGAAACUUGUGGACUACAAUUCUUAAGGGAAAAGGCAGUCCAAAGCAUCUAUUUUUUUAAAAUUAAUAUUUAUUAAAGUUUCAGAAAAAAUAAAAUCACAUUAAUAAACACAAAAAUUUUAACAAAAACAGAGAAAAAUACACCAUACAAAAUACAAAGUACAGAAUAAAAAAAAGGAAAAAAGGGGGAAAAAGAAAAAAAAGAAAAAACAGUUAAAAAUAAUUCCGUCCUUUCAUAACCUCUUUUAAAUUUACUUAUUUCCCGGACUUCCUCAUACCUCCCUCUUUUGUAUUCCAUUUCAGUUUGUAAACCCAGCAAUUUCUUACCCUCCUUUUUAAUUCCAGUCCUAAAUCUUGAUAUAUUAUGACAUUAGAUUUUUACCUGUUUGAAUCAAUUUUUCCAUUUCUCUUAAUCUUUUUGGUCCUAAUCCUUAAUCUUGAUACAUUUAUAGCCUUAAAACCUGUUCAGCUAGAAGCCACUUAACUUCAAUCCAACAUCACUCUAUGGCAGUCCAAAGCAUCUAGACUUGCCAGACAGAUUGGGGAAGGCUGGCUUGUACCCAGGUUUCUGUGAGCUUACCUCUUGGGAAAGAGAGCCAGUAGGGGCUGGAGGUUCAAACUCCCACUUGGCCACGGUCUCUGUCUCUCAACCUCACCUGCCUAACAGGGUUAUUGUGAGAAUUAAAUGAGGAGGGGGAGAACUUUCCCAAUUAAUGCAGCCUGAUGGAAGAUGGAGAGCCUCCAAGCCAUCUGCAUCAACCUGGGCUGCACCUGGAGUAGGAUUAUCAAGGAAUGUAAGGCAGUGGCUUCCCCUUUCUUUAUAACUGCGGAUGCUUCAUGGCAACGCUUUGUGGAACUGGCUUUUCUAAUCUUUCGGAGACCACAGAGAAAUCUCCCUCCAGCUGGAGCCAGGGCUGCAUCUGCCACAAUUCUGGAUGUGCAGAGCAAAAAAAGAGCACAGGACAGGGUCCUGAGUGCAGGAUUUGGCUUUCUGCGAAUCUUGGCUUCCAUUAAGGAACAAAUUCCUAGCCCCUGCAAAAGCAAAAGAUACACUCAGAAAUAUUUGGAUGGUGACGAAAUCUCAGAAGCUAGAGGGGUGGCUGAAACAGAGUUCUGGAUGCUAGUAGGUAGACUUUUAUUCUUCAGUAUCAUGCUAGUCUUGAGGGUGAGCCAACUGAGAACUCAUGGUGCAAAAGAAAUGUGUGUGUUUAAUUGGCACAAUCUGCAGGUUGUCCAGGGGGCAGGUUAGGGAAUGCAGCUGCUCCUGGCACCAAAAUAUGGCUUGGGUUGGGGUGGAAUCUCCCUCUCUUUUCUUUCAUUGCGCACCUGCUCCUCCUGUUUAUCAUCUUCUCCUAAUCUAAUUGAAAACAUUAAAGAAUGCUCAUAAGAGGGAAGCAGGACUGUGCCUGCCUGCCUCCCACCCACUCAAGGCUAGUUGGUCCAUUGUGUGGGGGAGGUCAGGGCGUUUGUGCAGCCGAGAGCUUUCGCAGUAAACAGCUGCGACUCUAACCAUGUAGCCCUUCCUUACUAAUGCCAGCUGUGUCUCUUCCACUGGCCUGCAGGUACAGUCCUCUUCAAAGAACACAUGAACUCCCCUCUCGGGUCUUUGUGGCUAUGGAUUUCUGCGUCCCUCUGGCAUAAAGGGUCUAUGGCUCUUUCCUUCUUAUUGCCCUGCAGAAGGGUGCAGUGCUGACUCAAGAGCUGAUUUUGACCAUCCUCCUUUGAACUCCUUCCUUGUGUGUUCAGGCAGUUCUCCCUUAGGGACAGAACCUUCAUGGCGCCUGCCUGGGAAAGUUGUUUCCGGGAACUUUAGUUGUGAUUCCUGCAUUGAAGGGUGUUGGUCUAGAUGGCCCUUGGGGGGUCCCUUCCAACUUUACAGUUCUAUGAUUCUUUGUAUUCCCCCUUGAGCUCCUGGGAGAAGAAGGCAGGAUAUAAAUGCAAUAAAUAAAUAUAAAAUAAAUAAAAGGCAAAUGGCAAUUAGCUGCAGACUGGUAGAAAUCAGCCGUGAGCCUUCUCCCGACUUGUAUCUAGGAAUGCAGAGCACUCAGCCCAAGUUCCAUGUUGCAAAUGCACUGCAAAGCGUCAAAGCGAGUAACACAGGGUUCUCUCUUUGCAGGGUCGAAACAAGAAAACAGCUACCGGGCCUUUCACCCUAUGUACAAGCACCCUCCAGUAGAAUUAUUGGGUAGGAACUUGCAGGACUUAAAACUUCUAUUCUCAGUUUAUCACAAUGCAACUCUGAAACCUACGAAGUCAGGGCAAGUAAAAGUAGCCCCUUUUACAUUUCCUUCCCCUGUGAGCAACACCAUAUAGGAGAAAGGGGCUAGAAAGAAGUUUUUCUCACCCUCUCUCUCAGUGAAAAGAGAGGUGCUGGAAAUCACCAUGAAUGCCUCCUUCCUUGUUCUCUUAGAAUGGCAAUGGCGCCCACCUGGGAUGUGCUGGAACCCACAUCAGAUGGGGGGAAGCCUUGCUCUCUCAUAUUAAAACUCAGCAGGGUUAUGCAAUGAAGCCAAAUGGUGGGAGAUUCAGGACGUACAAAAGGAAACAGAGCAGAACUGAACUAUGGGACUCUGUACUGUAAGAUAUACUGCUGGCUGCCAACAUGGAUGACUUUUAAAGGGUUUCAAACAAGUCUGUGGAGGUUAAAGCUAUCAGCGGCUUCCAGCCAUGCAUUUUCUACAGUGCUGGAGGCAGUGUUCCACUGGAUUCCAGUUGCCAAGGAUCACAAGUAGCAGGGGCGCUGACUCCUAAGGGCUGAACCCCUUUGACCCCCCCCAUUUGUUAGCAGGGGGCUGAGCCCCCUCAAUAUUCGUUCAAACAUUGUGCAUGAUAUUACAAUGCCGUACAUGACACCCAGAGGCGAUGCUGUCAUGCAAGUCAGCAACACUGCAGCUCCUCCUCCUCCUGCUGCUGCUGUGGAGGGGAAGCAGCCCUUGGCCAUGGUGGUGGCAGGAGGUACAGGAAAUGUCAGCCAUGGAAGCUGAGUGAUGCCCGGGUGGCAUCACCUCUGGGCAUCACGUCUGACAUCCGGGUGUCAUGCAGGACGUUGUGGUGUCGCGUAACAUCAGCUCACCCAGCGCUUUCCUGAGUCAGCGCACCUGACAAAUAGGAGGAACUUGCUGUUGAACUUGCCUCCUGCUUUCAGGCUUCCCCGUCAAGGCCUCUGGCCGCUGUGAUAACAAAAUGUUGGACUGGAUAGGCCUUUGCUCUGACCCAGCAACCAGGCUCCUCUAACGUUUAUUUGUUUUGUUUCAUGAAAUUUAUAUAAAGCGCUCCUUGACUGCCAAACCCAAAAACAAAAGAAGCCUCAAAGAAGUUUGCAAGAAAGGAAAGUAAAACAGUGAAAUUAUCUGGAAAAGAAAAAGUCAAAAACAAGAAGUAUUUAAAUAUUUAGUAAGCUAAAAAAACAGGUUAAAACACAUGUCAACGUUGUACAUGUCUGGUUAGCCUUGCUGAAAUAAAUUCUUUUUCAGCAGGUGCUGAAAAGGAUACAGUGAGGGCAGCUGCCUGAUGUCAAUAUAGUGGUACCUCAGUUUACGAACUUAAUCUGUUCCGGAAGUCCGUUCUUAAACUGAAACCAUUCUUAAACCGAGGCAUGCUUUCCCUAAUGAGGCCUCCCGCCGCUGGUGCCCUUCCACCGUUCAGAUCCCAUUCUUAGACCGAGGUAAAGUUCGCAACCCGGGACACUACUUCCAGUUUUGCGGAGUUUGUGAAGCAAAUCAUUCGUAAGCAGAGCUGUUCUUAAACCGAGGUACCACUAUAUACCACUAUAAACCGAGGUACCACUAUUCCAAUGUGUAGCUGUUCUUUUGUCCCUGAAAAUCACAGACCUGGGUAGAAGGCAGAGCUUUUAGAUCUCCAAGUGGUGGUAUAUUCUAGACAGACUUCGACACCUAGCAUAUUUUAUUUUUUUUAAUAGAACUGAGGCACUGGGUGUCAGGACAGAGGCCAAUCCUACCCCCUUACUUUAGGUCUGAGCAGAAGACUGUUAUCUUUACUAGAAAUUUCUGGGUGAGCCAGCCAACAAUUGCCCCAAUACCCUCAGAAACCUGAGAGGCAGAAUUGUCAACCACUGGAUUAAGAACAAAGCAGGUCCCCCACCAACCAUACCAGCUUUAGAAAAUAUUUCAAUAUACGGGCACAACAGACCUUUUUAUUCAAUAAUACAAGCAAGUUGCAUAAGAAAAGGGUAGUUCCGUUUGAGGAAUGCUUCACCAGGAGAGUGCAGGCAGAAAAAAAUAAAAUAAAACAAACCUAAAUUACCUGUCUCUGAUCUUUCCCUCUUGUUGAGCACCAAUCUCCGAGGGGUGAGAGACUCCAGAGGUUCCAGGCGAUUACCCAGGGUUCGGUUUGCUGGCAGUAAGGGACAGCAGAGACUGUGGUGUCUUUAUGGCAUAUGACUUAUUCACACAUCUAUGCAACCUGGAGAGGCUCACAGCAUUAACACCCCAAUAAUGUCUUGCUUCUCCCAGUCACAGCCUUUCUUCAAAAUCUCCUCCCACCACCUCCCCAAUUUUUAAAGUCAACAACUGAAACAGAGCCUAUUGCUAUCCUUGUUUUUAGGAAACUCUAUAAAGCAUGGGUUCCAGGCAUAUACCCAGGGUUCAGUUUCCUAGGAAUGAGGUUCAGCGGAGACUGUGGUGUCUUUAUGACAUAUGGCUUAUUCACACAUAUACACAACCUGAGCCUACGCUGGAGGGGCUCACAGCAUUAACAACCAAGAAAAUCUUUGUUGUCCCAAUCACAGCCUUGGAUUCCAGGAGAAAUCAAGCAUGGCUCUCCCUCUCUGGCUUGCGGCUGCUUCUAACUUCCAGCUCUCUCUCACACACAACUCUCCACUCUGGCUUUUGUCUUUCUAACUUAACACCUAGUUGAGGGAGGGCCCCCCACCCAUUUGCCCUCUGGCACAGAGCCACUUCCUUUGUUACCUUAAAGACCUAUACUUAGGCCAUUACCAAGAAGCAGCCUGGCUAUUCCAAUAAUCGAGUCCUUGCUGGUUCCAAGAAUAGAACUGACUUGGGCAUACAGCCUAACUGCCCCUCCCCCACCCUGCCCUGCAAACUUACAACACUCUGCUUUGAUCUAGCCUUCCUUCAAUCCACAACAGAGAUCCAAGACUCCUAGAUUAGACAAUAAACCAACAUGCAGCCAGGAAAUAGGCAGAGGACUUGUUCCUUUUUUGACUGGUGGUUUUAUAUCUCUAGCAGGUCAGGCCAACUUUUAUCUUCAAUCCGGCCGAUCCAAGGCUCUUUAGAGGUAUCUCUUAUUUUAUAACGAACUCCAAAAAGGGGGCGGGGGUGGGGAGCCUCCGCAGCUGGACAGUAUUAUGAGAAUUAGCGGACUCUCAUGUUUGCCUUGGACAGGCUAGCCCAAGAGAUAAGCAAGCAUCCUAAGGCUACUCAUCAUUUCUACUUUCCCAUACUCUCUUUCUGUUCAGAGCCAGGCCGGCCGUUACCAGUCCCAGCACAGAAUCCCAGAUUCUGACUCUGGAGAGUUGCUACUCCUAACACCGAGAAAGAUCUAGCAGGGUUCUUCACCAGCUACCAGAGGGGCAGCAAAUGAAGAACGACUCUGGGUCAAAGAUCCCCAGCACACUGUGGCCAGAUGUGGCAUACGCUGGAGUUUAGGGCAGAUUCGGAGCUACCCAGCUCUGUAAAGAGAGGGAAAUAGGCAGAAGAAGUGCAUGGUAGCUGUGGGCUGCAUCAGGGAGAUAAGGAGGAUGUUGACAGUGUGCAUUCAGAGAAGGGAGACCAAGAGAGAUCUGGAAUCUGUGAGGGCUCUGGAAUCAGAGUCCUUUGAGGGUGUGGGCAUGUUAGGCUAAGGGGAGACAUGAUAGCUGCCAUCAUGUAUUUGAAAGGAUGGAAGUUUAUAAAUCUAUGCAAGGCAUGGAGAGAGAAGAUAGGGGGAAGUUUUUUCCUCCCUCUCUCAAAACACUAGAGCUCAUGGACACAAAGUGAAGCUGAUUGCUGGGAGAUUUAGGGCAGAUGAUGGAAUCAUAGAAUUGCAAGGGACUCCAAGCACCAUCUAGUCCAACCCCCUGCAAUGCAGGAAUCUCAGUUAAAGCAUCCAUGACAGAUGGCCCUCCAAUCUCUACUAAAAACCUCCAAGGAAGGAGAGUCCACCACCUCCCAAGGGAGACCAUCCCACUGUCGAACAGCUCUUACUGUCAGAAAGUUCUUCCUAAUGUUUAGUCAGAAUCUCCUUUAUCAUAGUUUGACGCCUGCCCUCCAAAGCAGAAGAAAACAACCUUGUUCCAUCUUCCAGGAAAUAGCCCUUGAGAUAUUUGAGGAUAGCUAUCAUAUCUCCUCUCACUUUCCUCUUUUCCAGGCUAAUACCCAGCUCCCACAACCAUCCUGCAUAAGGAUUGGUUUCCAGACCCUUGAUAAUCUUAGUCAUCCUCCUCUGCACACGUUCCAGCUUCUCAAUGUCCUUCUUAAAUUGUGGUGCACAAAACUGGACACAGGACUGCAGGUGUGGUCUGACCAUGGCAGAAUAGACCAAGACUAUUACUUCCCUUGAUUGGAACACUGUACUUCUGUUGAAUAUAGGCAGACUAGAAUACCAUCAGCUCUUUUUUUGCUCAUGUUAAGCUUGUGAUCCACUAAGUCCCCUAUAUCCUUUUCACACGUUCUACUGAUAAGUCAGGUUUCCCCAUCUUAUCUUUGUGCAGCUGCCUAUUCCUGCCCAAGUGCAGAACCUUAGAUUUGUUUCUAUUGAAAUUCUUUUUUUUAGUUUGGACCCAGUUCUCCAAUCUGUUAAGGCCACGUUGAAUCCUUUUUUUCUGCAGCAUUAGUUACCCCUCCCAGUUUGGUGUCAUCUGCAAAUUUGUUGAGCAUCCCCUCAAUUCCUUUGUCCAAGUCAUUUAUAAAGAUGUUGAGCAACAACAGGCUCAGGACAGUACUGUGUGGCACCCCAAUUGUCACUUUUUUCCAGGAUGACAAGGAACCUUUACUGAGCACUCUUUGGGUUCAGUCAGUCAACCAGUUACAGAACCACCUAACAGCUACAAAUCUACCUCAUCUAGCCCACAUUUUAUCAGCUUCUCUGCAAAAAUAUCAUGGGGGAGUUUGUCAAAAGCCUUCCUGAAAUCAAUAUACACUACAUCUUCAGCAUUCCCCUGAUCCACAAAGUUUGUAACUGCAUCAAAAAGAAAUAAAUAAAUGAAAUUUGUCUGGCUUAACUUGCUUUUGAGAAGUUAGUAAUCACAGCAUUCUUUUCUAAGUGCUCACAGACUGACUGUUGAAUUAUCUGUUCUAGGACCUUCCCUGAUAUAACAUAAAGUACUUAUUCACUCAGCGCAUAGUGGAACUCACUUCCCCAGGAGGUAGAGAUGGCCAGCAAUUUGGAGGGUUUUCAAAGAGGAUUAGACAAAUUAAUGGUGCAAAGGGCUUUGACAGGCUACUCUCCUUAAUGGCUGUGCUCUGCCUCCACAGCUGAAGGCAGCAAUGCUUCUGAACAGCAGUUGCUGAAAACCACAGGAGGGGAGAGUUCCUCUUUGCUCAGAUCCUGCUCCAUGGUUUCCCACAAGUAUCUGGUUGGCCACUGUGAGAAUAGGAUGCUGACUAGAUGGGCCAUUGGCCUGAUCCAGUCAUGGAGUAGGCUUGUUCUCUGUUGCUCGGAAUGGUCUGGAGAUAUCUAUAUCUAUAUCAUCUAUCUGUCUGUCUGUCUGUCUGUCUGUCUGUCUAUCAUCUAUCUCUGUGGGGUGCAGAAAUAAUUUGAUGGGUAAGAGUGCUGGUUGAAAUAAUAAUGAAACAUAGGGUUUAUUACUCCUAGUAAACAAAGCCAUUCUGAAUACAAGCUCCCAUGUGGCUGUCAUGGAAUCAUGAGGUCAGCUAAAAGGAAGGUCCAACACUAACACUAACUGAAGCAGCAGCAGAAAGGAAGUUAAGCUGAGAGAGAGAAAAUGAUCAGCAGAAGGAAUCAGUGAGGGUCCGAGCCUCUAUCCCACCUCUCUAACUUAUUGCAAGCAUCAUUGCUUUGCACCCAACAAGGCUGGACAGCAAGAGAAACUUCAGAACGAUCAGAGUUGUUCAACAACAGGACAGCAUGCCUUGGAAGGUGGUGGUUCUCCUUCCCUGGAGGCUUCUGAGCAUCUGUCAGGGAUAUUGUAGUUGUAAUCUUCCAACACUGAGCUGGGGUAGGGGUGCACUUGAUGUCCUCCAGGGUCCCUCCCAACUGAGAAGAAUGCUAUGAUUUUCCAGUGAACACCAGGUUGGUCUUAAGCUGACCCUGAACUACUUUUCCACACUGUUCUGCCUCUCCAGUUGCUCACUCAGAGCAGGGGUUGCCUUUUAAGCUCAGCCAGUCACUGUCUCUCCCACAGCCUCAGCCCCCACUUGAGAGUCAGUGUGGUGUAGUGGUUAAGAGUGGUAGACUCGUAAUCUGGGGAACCGGGUUCGCUUCCCUGCUCCUCCUCAUGCAGCUGCUGGGUGACCUUGGGCCAGUCACACUUCUCUGAAGUCUCUCAGCCCCACUCACCUCACAGAGUGUUUGUUGUGGGGAAGGAAGGGAAAGGAGAAUGUUAGCCGCUUUGAGACUCCUUAAAGGGAGUGAAAGGCGGGAUAUCAAAUCCAAACUCUUCUUCUUCUUCUUCUUCCCACUUCUGUAAAAUGGCACCAAUCAGGAUGGUCACAUCCACAUCGUACCUUGAAAGCACACAACUUCCCCCCAAAGAAACCUGGGAACUCUAGUAUGUUAAGGGUGCUGGGAAUUAUAGUUCUGAGUGGUGAACUACAGUUCCCAGGAUUAUUUGGUGGGCACUGCUAAAAAUGUAUGGAGUGGAUGUGGCCCAGCCUCAUCAGGGUGGUUGUGAAGCAGAGAACAAGUCUGAUUUUUAAAAAAAAUGUUUUGGAAAUUGUAAUUGCUGCAUGCACUGUGACAGGCCAUAAAGCUGUGUUUGAGUCAAUGGUGCAGCCAGCUGGGCUUUUCAAGGCUGCAGCAGAAGGUCCUCUUCCCACUGAGCAUCUCUGCUUGCCCUUCAGACUCCUUGCGUAACCAGUGUGACAUCCUUGAGAAAAGCCGCCUCAAGAUUCUCAAGAGCACAGAUGGCAAGAAGCCCCCAACCAUGGAAUCACUCCUGUCGUGCAUGGCAGUAGCAAAUCAGGUGGUGGUGAGGCACUCAUUUUUACCUGGGGGGGGGGGGCAGAUCCAGCUCAUUUUGGCCCUGUAUAGCUUGUCUGACGCGACUCCAGGACUUGCCAUGCACAUACCCCUCUCUUGUCUAGACUCCAUCUAGGCAAGCAAAAGGGCUUGUUUGAGCCAGGUAAAAACACCCAGGGAGGGUGUGAAGCAGGGCUGGUGAGAGGCGUGGCCUGGGGAGAAAGAGGGUGUGGCUGGGCAGGGGUGCAGUGCUAGGGGAGAAUUCUGCGGGCUUGACAGAGAUACCUGCUGCCCUUAGUUUUCUCACCUCUGGUUUAGCAUCCUAUCUCUUUCCAUCUUCAGCACCUUGUAGCCUUUGUGAUCUUGCCAUGAGGGAGCUAGUCUCCUCCUGCCUCAGGGAAUUGCCUUUCUUCCCAGGGGUGGUUGUUGUUUUUUAAUAAAAAAAAUUCAGGGCAGGGUGGGAUUGACUAAAACUUGUCUUUAACAGUAGCGCAUGUGCAUAGAUAUUAAGGUGCCAGGUAUAGUUUACCGCUUCACACCACUCUGGUAUUUUUUAUUUAUUUGUUACAUUUAUAUCCCACCUUUUCCUCCAGUGAGCUCAAGGUGUUGCACAUGAUUCUCCCCAUUUCAUCUUCCCAAAAAUCCUGUGAGGUAGGCCAUGCUGGAGAAAAGAAAUGCAUUUCCUUCUCUUGCGUUUGCAGUUAAUGGAUGUGUUACUUUAAACCACAAGACGACACAGUUUGUUUAGCAAUGUGGCCAGCACUUAUGUGUAGUCUUUGCUUUGUCUAAGUUAACCCCACCCCUAAAUGAUGAGCUCUGUUUUGUUUGCUGUUCUCUCCCAACUUGUUGAGACAAUAUGUCUGUUAUUUUCUCUCUCUCAUCUACACACAUCCAGUAAAUAGUUGCAACAUGAAUAAAGCCUUUGUACUCCAGAAACUGUGUGAUUUUUUUCAACUCAGUUCACCCAAGCUGCAAGGUCUGUUAACAGGUUAGGCUAAGAGAUGGGUGCUAGCCAAAGGUCCCCCAGUGAGCUGCGUGGUUUUGGGAUUUGAACCCUCCUUUCCCAGGUUUUAGCCUGACACUCUAACCAUUAUGCCACAUUGGUUCUUAACUUUUGAACUUUGGACCCAAAACUUCCCCCCCUGAUUUCUCUUUAACUGAGUGAAGAAUUGCCUUCUUGACUUUUAAAUCAGUGGAGGAGGGCAGGGCUGUUGGAGAGUAGAUGGAUGCAACCAACAGCCAAGGGAAGGGGAGUCUUCAGCCAUGUGCAAUAGCAGAGAGAAUGGUGGGGGAAAGAGAGAUACUUGUUUGGAGCACUGGGGUGUUAUGGGCACACCCCUGCUUUCACCUGAGAGCCAGUGGUGGCAUAGUGGUUAGCGUGUCAGAUUAGGACCUGGGAGACCAGGGUUCAAAUUCCCACUUGACCGCAUGAAGCUGACUGGGUGACCUUGGGUUGUUGUUGUGCAGAUUAAACGAGGAAGGGGGAACCACGUAAACCACCUUGAGCUCCCUGGAUAUAAAGUUGAGCUAUGGAUGGAUGGAUGUUGGGUUCUUGCCACCUCCGCCUCCUUCAAGGGCCACUGCUGCUGCACCCUAAACUUUGUUGAUCUGUGUUUGUCUCCUAUGCCCAGGGGAAAGCCAGUGGGAAGUCUGGGGCCAGUUCGUCUGGCGGCCUAGAUGAUGAGGGCCAGCCUCGUAAGACGACCACAACAGCCAAAGCCAGAUGGGAGAUAGGCAAGAAGGAUAAGCAUCGCUGAGUACCGAAGGUGAUGCCCAGAGGGAGCUGCAGCCCACCAUCACUGUGA